GCCGUCCCGAACGAUCUAUUGCCAGCUGUCGAAUACCCCUCGCUUUCUUCCACAUUUAGUCGACCACCGCCCUGCUGCACCCGAUCAAGCGUCAUCACCCCCCCUUGCUGGCAUAGACAGCCUACCAUGUCGUCCCUCUUUCACUGGAACCGCAAGUCCACACGAUCCCACAAGUCCAAUUCAAGCGGCAGCACGCUCGUCGGCUCCGAUGGCCGAGUCUCCCCCACCUCGACAUACAGCUCCAAGAAACUUAAGGUCUCAUCAUUUGACAUGGUCGUCCUCCCCGACGGGAAUAUUGUGCGCGUGCAGGGGGAGGGUAAGAUCGUGCCCGACCAACCGCAGCGAUGGGAAACCGUGCUCGCCGUCGCGAAGGAGACGCUGCAUGUGCUGCGAGGCAUUGGAGUACAGGCGUGCGGGGCUGGGGACCUGGCCGCUAAAGUGUACGGGGCGACAUGUAUCCCUGCUGAAAUCGAUCUUUUCAUCCUUACUGACAAGGUUGACUACACUCAAGUUCUACGUCGCCUCAUCCAUCACAACCCCAAGUACUUCAUCAUCCCACUCACUCCUGCCCUGCGGAACUUGACGCCCUCUUCUCUGGAUGCAACCACCGCCCUCCAGCAAGCGCUGUACUACCGGACCAGCUCCACCCCAAUCCGUAUCAACCUCCAACUCCCUCCAACCCCUCUCAUCCUCUAUCUCACCACCGCUGACAUAACGUGGCAUGCUUCUUUCCCGCUCAUGCCGCUCCCUCUUGUGCUCCUGGAUAAACUCCGCGCGUGGGUGCUGAACUGCUACAUUCCUGCUGGACGAGAAGCAUCCCUUGCAGAACGCCGGCGACUAUGGGCGGAGCACGCGGAUAUUGAGGUGUUGAUGGGUCAGGUUGCUCGCGCAAGGGUGAACCUGCGCCGAGAACGACUGUGCGCACACGCCUUCAAGAGAGACCGGAGGCCCGGCCUCCCCGUGCCGGAGGAAGAGGAGGAGCUGGAGGUCGAGCGUUGGGUGAGGGAAUACAUCACUGUGUACCCCGAAGGUAGGGCGAUGUGGGCCGUUCUAGGCGUCCGGAUAUUCGACCCGCCCACACCGGCCACGACUGUCUAUGGUCUGAGCCGCACCGGCACGCGGUCAUCCAACUCCACAGGCUCGAAUGGCUCCUCAGCUCCUCCCUACCCAUCCACACCGCCUUUGCCGGCUCAGUAUUUCCCUCGUCCGAGCUUUUCCUCAGACCAGAUGAGUCUGCGCUCUCGCCCAUCGCUGCAGCAUUCCUCACGCUCGCACACCCCCAUACCUGAAUCUCCCAUGACCCCCCUCUCGCCCGCGGACAUCCCCCUCCCGAUGUCCCCAGAAUCAGUCGCCGUGGACCGGACGUAUUCUCGCGCAUCUACCCCAUCUCGCGCAGCGACCCCGUCUCGUUUCCUCGUCCGUGAACCCCGGUCUCCAUCUUCAAGACCACCUCUGCCGCCCAUGCCCCCUAUUCCUCCACCCAGUGGACUUGCAGGUACGGUCGUCCAGCAGCUGAGAUCGAAGAGCCCUUUUGGGAGGAAAAAGAGCAGUCGGACGCUGGGCAAGGAGCGGGGAAAAGAAGAGAGUUAUUUCGAUUGGGACGACUAG